GGGAGAUUCAGCCUCCCAGAUCUCCGUGGCCGCCCUCCAAAUGACCCUGCGGCCUUAUCUCGCACCAGCACACCCCUAAUCGGCUCUGCUGCAGCAGAGCAGUCUGCAGAAGAUGUUGAUGGAGCCUCAUAAUAUCACAAGCUGCUGAGCUCCUGAUGCUACCCCCCCUGCCACACCUCUGCUGGGACAGCCCAAGGACAUAGGGCCACUGACCUGGCUAGAGGAACCAGAGAAAAUGGUCACUGGGUGCCAGCCAGAAGGGUGGGGCAGACCCUGUGCAACCUAGGGUGCCCCCCAUUCUGUGUGGAGGAGUGCGGCCCCCAUUGAAAUCCCCUUAGCCUUUCAUCUCCUGGAUCCCCUGGUGUGCAGCUCAGGAUAGGUCCCUGGCUUUUAGCAAUGCUACAGCCAGAGGUCAGGCCCCAGGACUCCUCUCACCUUGGACAAGCUGUGUUUCUGGAAGAUCCUUCCUCUGAGCUGGCCUUCCUGGGCAUGAAAGGGACAUGGGUGUUCAGGUGGGAUCUGAGACCUGGAGUGUGUCCCACUGAAGCAAGCAGGUCAGGGCAGUGAGGAUGCUAGCAGAUCUGCCCAAAGCCCCAAGACCGAGGUCUGCUGGAUCCAGCCCACUGAUAAUUCAGUGAAGAGACACAAGCCCACCAGAGCCUGCCUGGGGAGCCUGAUGAGGACACAGUGAGACCAGACUCCAUGAGCCCUUUGUGACAGAGAGGCGCUGGCCAGAGACAAAGGGGCACUGGCUGACCGAGACACAUCGGAGCAGCAGCGGCAUGAGAGCCGGCAGCUGGCAGCAGAGACAGAGGCGCUGGCUGAGCACAAGCAGCAGGACUCCACACGCAGGCUGGGAGAGCGCUUGCAGGAUGCCCACUGCUGGAAGUCAGAGCUACAGCAGGAGGUGGAUGCACUGGCCACAGAGACUGACCUGCUGCAGGCCCAGAAGCAGCGGCUGGAGUGUGCCCUGGAUGCUACCUCCCUGCCCUUCUCCAUGGUGAUGGACCACAUGCAAUGCCGUGAGCGCCGCCAGCAUCCUGACCUUGUGCGUGACCAUGUGGAGAUGGAGUUGCUGAAGGAGGCCGAGCUCAUCAGGAACAUUCAGCAGCUCCUGAAGAGAACUAUCCUCCAAGCUGUGGACCAGAUACGGCUGAACCAGGAGCACAAGGAGACUUGUGAGAGGGACUGGUCUGACAAAGUCGAAGCCUACAACAUCGAUGAGACCUGCUCUCGCUACCACAGCCAGAGCAUCGAGGUGCAGCUCCACCCGCACUCAGCAGCCUUCGAGGAGAGCGCCUCCACGCCCGAGACUUGGGCGCAGUUCACGCAGGACAACCUGCUCCGUGCUGAGCGCGAGCGCCAGGCCUCAGCCAACCUGCGGACGCUUAUCGACGCCAUCCUUCGGGACACGGCCGAGGACCUGAGGCUGCAGUGCGACGCUGUCAACCUUGCCAUCGCGAGCCGCUGCGAGGAGCUGGAGGAUGCGCGCCACAAGUUGCAGUACCACCUGCAGAAGACACUGCGGGAAAUCACUGACCGGGAGCAGCAGAUUGCAGUGCUAAAGCAGGCCAUCAAAGACAAGGAGGCACCUCUGCAGGUUGCCCAGUCCCGCCUGUACCAGCGCUCUCAGAGGCCCAACGUGGAGUUGUGCCGAGAUGCUGCCCAACUCAGGCUGCUGAGUGAGGUGGAGGAGCUGAACCUGUCCCUUUCCCUGCUGCGGGAGAAGCUGCAGGAGGCCCAGCAGGCGCUGCACAACCUGGAGGACACCCGCAUGUGCCUGGAGAAGGACAUUGCUGUCAAGACCAACAGCCUCUUCAUCGAUCGACAGAAGUGCAUGGCCCACCGCACCCGAUACCCCACUGUCCUCCAGCUGGCUGGCUACCAGUGACUUGGAACUGCUGCACUAUUCUGCCCUCAAAUAAAGAGUGUGUUAGCUUUCUGUC